CAGGUAUGUAUAUAUCAUUGCCUUAAAAUUAUUAUUAUUAUAAAAUUAUUAUACAAUUAUAAUUUUGUUCAUCCCCAUUAACUGCAUUUAAAGUUACAUUCACCAGGAAUUAAAAGUUAUUAUUCCUCUUUUACAGUCAUGGAGACACAGUCUUUACUUCUCUGCCUGGCAGUGUUAACAGUAACUGCCAUAAGGGGAUGUCCUAUAGGGCGUGAAUUUAUAACUGCUUUUAUGACAAAUUACCAAUAUGGCAAAGCCAGUCCGACCCUCUCCAUUACAGCACAGAAUUCCCCAGCAACUGUGAUUGUGGAGAUUAAGGGUCUAGCUUAUAAUGAAAAGGUGACCAUAGCACAAGGUGAGACCAAACGGAUUACCCUCCCAUCAACCACUGAGAUUGAAGGUGAUGGAGUCUUCCGCAAAACUGUUUCAAUCUCCUCUAAUGCUGACAUCACAGUGGUGUCGUCUAACAUAAAGGAAUUCACAGGAGACAGCAGUGUGAUUUUCCCAAUAAAUCAACUUGGCAGAAGUUAUGUAGUUUUUACUCCAAACACAGGUCCAUAUCCGUACAGAAAGGAGGUAGCCAUCAUCAAUGGCAGGGAGAUGAACACAGUUGACAUUUUCCCCAGUUCACAACAAUGGAAAACUAAGACAAAAUCCAUCACUUUGGCCCCCAAUGAGGUUUAUCAGCUUCGCAGUUAUGAAACUUUGUCUGGAACAAAAAUCAUGUCCACACUCCCAGUGGCUGUCCUGGCAGGACACGAGUGUUCCAUGAUCGUGGGCACUUGCGAGCAUGUCUAUGAGCAGCUGAUCCCAACUGAGUCUCUCUCCAAUGAGUAUCUGGUGCCUGCGAUGCAUCAGUCCUACUUCAGCAAAGACACAGCCUAUGUGGUUGCUACAGAGGACAACACUAUUGUGUCCAUUUUCGAUAGGAAUAGGCAUCCUAAAAUAAAAAAGCUUCAUUCUGGAGAAGUUGCCAAUGUUGAUUUAGGAAGAAAUGCAAAAAUCCUUCAAAGUAACAAAAAUAUCAUGGUUAUGUAUUUCAGUAGCAAUCUUCCCAACGAUGAGUUUCUAACAAAUGUCAUACCCACCUCCGAGAUGUCAAAAUCAUGGACCAUUUACUCUCAAGAUGGUUAUGAUAACACGGCUGUAAUUGUUGCUGAGGCAGAGUCAGCCAACACUAUCAGCAAGUCACUGAAGUGGAAAGCAUUUCCUGCAGACAAAAAGUUUGUGUGGGCUAUCAUGUCAAUUGGUUCUCAGAAAGGUCCCAUCACCAUAUCUGGAGAUUCACAAAUGGCUGUUUAUGUUUAUGGUGGAAAACUAAGGUAUGGAUAUGGCACAACAGGAGUGUGUAACACAGGUUCUACAUUAACUCCACCUCCACCAGACCCCUGUGAGGCUGUUAAGUGCCGUCAGCAGGAGGAAUGCAGGAAGGGUGUCUGCGUCCACACUUCCAGUGCCACGUGUCAAGCAGUUGGUGAUCCCCAUUAUAAAACGUUUGAUGGGAAACGGUUUGACUUUCAGGGAACUUGUACCUACAUAAUGGUGAACAAUACAAAGCUUCAAAAGGGCCUCACUCCCUUUACCAUCUUGGCAAAAAAUAACCACAGGGGAAGCAAAAGGGUGGCAUAUGUGAGGACGGUUUCUGUCCUUGUGUACAAUCACACAGUGGUGGCUGGGAGCCAGAGAGGAGUAGUAGAGUUUGAUGGUGAAAACACCUAUUUACCUCUGACUAUAGAUGGUGGAAAAAUAAAAGUUGAGCAGAGGGGAUGGAGUGUUAUUAUAUCAACAGAUUUUGGCUUAGAGGUUAAAUAUGACUGGAAUAUGAUGUUGUACAUCACAGCUCCAAGCAGCUAUUUCCAGACUCUAGGUGGACUUUGUGGAAAUUAUAAUGGUGACCGUAGAGAUGAAUAUACUGAUCCCAAAGGCAUGGUGGUCCCUAGUAUCCUUGAGUUUGCCAAGAGCUGGAAAGCUCCAGAUAAUGACCUAUUUUGCAAUGAUGACUGUAAUGGACAGUGCCCAAGUUGCUCUUUAAGUCUUCAAGAGCAGUACAAAAAAGACACAGACUGUGGUUUCAUGACUAAAACAGAUGGGCCAUUUUCUAAUUGCCACACAACUGUGGAGCCCAACAUGUAUGUAGAUAAUUGUGUCUAUGAUGUCUGUAUUAAUAAUGGGAUCAGAACCUUCCUCUGUAACAAUAUUCAGAGCUACGCUGAUGCAUGCAUGUCAGCUGGAGUCAAGAUCACUGGAAACUGGAGGACACUUUCCAACUGCCCAACGGAGUGUCCAGUCAACAGCCAUUAUGAGCCCUGCGGGACAGCCUGUGCUGCAUCUUGUGCAGAUCGAGAUGCUCCAGACAAGUGCACACUACCAUGUGUAGAGGGCUGCCAGUGCAAUCCAGGUUAUGUCCGGAGUGGAGACGAAUGCAUUCAUGUGAAAAAGUGUGGCUGUUCUUACAAAGGCCGAUAUUAUCCAGCUGAACAGACAUUUUGGAAUGACAAGAAAUGUACAGAGAAAUGUUUGUGCAACCCUCAAACUGGGAAAGUUGAGUGUUCAUUGACAAAAUGUAAGAAGUCCCAAGUAUGUGACACACGGAAUGGAGUGAGAGAUUGUUAUCCACUGUCCUAUAGUACCUGUCAAGGUGCAGGGGAUCCGCACUAUCGCACAUUUGAUGGUAAAACCUUUGACUUCCAAGGCACCUGCACUUAUUAUUUGUCCAAACUACUCAAUAUAUCUGAACUAUCACUCAUACCCUUUGAGGUAUUUGUCAAGAAUGAAAACAGAGGAAGGAACAUGGCAGUUGCUUACACUAAAACGGUAUUGAUAACAGUCUAUGGAUACACAGUUGUCUUAAGUAAGGACAGCCCAGGCAAAGUGAAGGUUAAUGAUCUAUAUGUGAAUUUGCCAUUUGAACAAGAGGAUGGUCGAUUCUCCAUAUUCCGCAGUGGAUACUUUGGUGUGAUAAAAACUGACUUUGAUCUGACACUAAAAUUCAACUGGCACAGCCAUGUAACACUGACUCUCCCCAGCACUUACUACAAUGAAGUAGGAGGGCUUUGUGGAAACUGGAACAACAACCCUAAUGAUGAUUUGCUCACUCCUGACAAAACACUUGCUGCAAACCCAACAGUUUUUGGAACCAGCUGGAAAGUCAAGGAUGACCCUGGAUGCUCAGAUGAAUGUCAGGGCAAAAUGUGUCCUAAAUGUGACACCACUGUGAGAAACAAAGUCACGUUUACAGCGCCCUGCAGCAAGAUCACAGACAAAAGGGGCCCAUUUAAAGGCUGCCAUGAGAAAGUGAAUCCCAGUCAGUUUUAUGAGGAUUGUGUGUUCGAUAUGUGUAUGUAUGGUGGCCAUUUAUCAGCCCUCUGCAAUGCUCUCUCUGCCUACACAGCUGCUUGCCAAGAUGCACUUGCCAAUGUGGAAUCCUGGAGAACUGACAGUUUUUGCCCUGCUUCCUGCAGGAAAAACAGCCACUAUGAGGUUUGUGCGACAGGAUGUUCCCAGACCUGCAGUGGCCUCACUGAGCCUAAGGGCUGUAAAGGGACCCCCUGUGUUGAAGGCUGUACAUGUGAUGAGGGUUUUGUCUUGAGCGAUGGCGAGUGUGUGACUAUGGAGCACUGCGGAUGUACUUACAGUGGCCAGUACUACCAACUGGACGAGGAAUUCUUCCCAGAAGGCAUGUGCAAGCAGAGGUGUGUCUGCAAAGAGAACGGAAGAGUUCAGUGUGACGAUGGAUUCAAGUGCAGACCAAAUGAGAAGUGCCAAGUCCAGAAUGGAGUUCAAGGCUGUUUUCCUGAGGGCAAAGCAGUUUGCUCAGUGUCAGGCUAUGGGCUUUAUCAGUCAUUUGAUGGAAAAUCCUUCAGUGUUGAAGGGGACUGUGAGUAUCGAAUGGUAGAGUCAGUGGAGGAAGAUGAGGAGAUAACCUCUUUCAGUGUGUUAUUAAAACAGCUCUCAUCUUCUGAUGAGGCAGUUAUCACUCGAAGAGUUAAAAUACAAAUAGAUCAAUACACGAUCACUUUGCUGCCUGGCCGUAUCUGGGAAAUUCAGGUGGAUAACGUUAAAACCAAUCUCCCAAUGACUGUGGAUGAAGGACUGGUGCAAGUCUAUCAGAGUGGUGUUAAUAUUGUUGUGGAAACAGAAUUUGGAUUGAAACUGACAUAUGAUACGGUCUCCAUGGCCACAAUUGAAAUCCCAUCCACUUUUAGAAGUGCAGUCAAAGGUCUCUGUGGCAAUUACAAUGGAAACAAGGUGGAUGAUUUUCUUCUGUCAGAUGGUAUUCAGACAUAUUCUGUGGUAGACUUUGCUCAGGGCUGGGCUUCACCAUCAAACGGAAUGAUGUGCCAAACAAGUUGUGACUCCAAGUGCUCAAAUCCUGACAAAGACAGACAAAAAGUGGCAGAGACUUCUUGCGGUAUUAUAACAUUAGAGAAGGGGCCAUUUUCUAAUUGUUAUGAAAAAGUUCCAGCCCAGAAAUUCUUUGAUGAAUGUGUCAAAGAUGUGGCAGCACAACCAAAAGACAAAUCUGUUGUCUGCCGUCACAUACAAAGGUAUGUGGCCAGCUGUCAGGAGACUGGGACAUCAAUCAACAGCUGGAGAAAUAAAACCUUCUGUCCACUCAUGUGUUUUAAGAACAGUCACUAUGAGCUCUGUGCUGACACCUGUUCCUCCACCUGUGCCAGCCUAACACAAUCACAGAGAUGCCCACCGUGUCAUGAAGGAUGUCAGUGUGAUGAUGGCUUUUUGUUUGAUGGAGGUGAAUGCAAGAUGUUGGAAGACUGUGGUUGUCAUGUAGAUGGAAGAAAUUACAAGUCUGGCGAGACAGUGGUUCAAGAAGACUGCGAAGAAAAAUGCCUCUGCAAAGCUGGAGAGUUCUCCUGUGAACCAUUGGAAUGCAAUGAAGAUGAGUUCUGUAGCACAAAAGACGGUGCUGUUGGAUGCUACAGCAAAGCAAAAUACUGUCCAGCCAACAGUCAUUAUGAGCCCUGUAGCUCAGCCUGUGCUGCAACUUGUGCAGAUCGAGAUGCCCCAAACAAGUGCACUUUGCCAUGUGUGGAAGGCUGCCAGUGCAAUGAAGGUUAUGUACAGAGUGGAGACGAAUGUAUUUCUGUGAAAAAGUGUGGCUGCACUUACAAAGGCUGGUAUUAUCCAGCUGAACAGCCAUUUUGGGGUGAUAAACAAUGCACAGAGAAAUGUUUGUGCAACCCUCUAACUGGAAAUGCUGAAUGCACACCAACGAAGUGUAAAAAUACUCUAGUGUGUGGCACAAGGAACGGAGUGAGAGAUUGUUAUCCAUUGUCCUAUGGUACCUGUCAGGGUGCAGGGGAUCCGCACUAUCGUACAUUUGAUGGUAAAACUUUUGACUUUCAAGGUACUUGCACUUACUAUUUGUCCAAACUACUCAAUACGUCUGAUCCAUCACUGAUACCCUUUGAGGUACUUGUCAAGAAUGAAAACAGAGGAAGGAACAUGGCAGUUGCUUACACCAAAACGGUAUCGAUAACAGUCUAUGGAUACACAGUUGUCUUAACUAAGGACAGCCCAGGCAAAGUGAAGGUCAAUGAUCUAUAUGUAAAUUUGCCAUUUGAACAAGAGGAUGGUCGGCUCUCCAUAUUCCGCAGUGGAUAUUUUGGUGUGAUAAAAACCGACUUUGGUCUGACAUUGAAAUUCAACUGGCAAAGCCAUGUAACACUGACUCUCCCCAGCACUUACUACAAUGAAGUGGGAGGACUUUGUGGAAACUGGAACGAAAACAUAAACGAUGAUUUGCUCACUCCUGACAAAACACUUGCUGCAAACCCAACAGUUUUUGGAACCAGUUGGAAAGUCAAGGAUGACCCAGGAUGCUCAGAUGAAUGUCAGGGCAAAAUGUGUCCCAAAUGUGAUGCCAGUGAGAGAAACAGUGUCACAUUUACAAUGCCCUGCAGCAGGAUCACAGACAAAAAGGGCCCAUUUAAAGGCUGCCAUGAGAAAGUGAAUCCCAGUCAGUUUUAUGAGGAUUGUGUGUUCGAUAUGUGUAUGUAUGGUGGCCAUUUAUCAGCCCUCUGCAAUGCUCUCUCUGCCUACACAGCUGCUUGCCAAGAUGCACUUGCUAAUGUGGAAUCCUGGAGAACUGACAGUUUGUGCCCUACAUCUUGCAAGGCAAACAGCCACUAUGAGGUUUGUGCGACAGGAUGUUCCCAGACCUGCAGUGGCCUCACUGAGCCUAAGAGCUGUAAAGGGACCCCCUGUGUUGAAGGCUGUACAUGUGACAAGGGAUUUGUCCUGAGUGAUGGUGAAUGUGUGACUGUGAAGCAGUGCGGAUGUACUUACAGUGGCCAGUACUACCAACUGGGCCAGGAAUUCUUUCCUGAAGGCAUGUGCAAGCAGAGGUGUGUCUGCAAAGAGAACGGAAGAGUUCAGUGUGAAAAUGGAUUCAAGUGUGGACCCAAUGAGAAGUGCCAAGUCCAGAAUGGAGUUCAAGGCUGUUUGCCUGAGGGCAAAGCAGUUUGCUCAGUGUCAGGCUAUGGGCUUUAUCAGUCAUUUGAUGGAAAAUCCUUCAGUGUUGUAGGGGACUGCGAGUAUAGAAUGGCAGAGACAGCUCAGAAAAAGGAUAAGGAGAUGACCUCUUUUAGUGUCUUAGUGAAACAGCUCUCAUCUUCUGAAGAGGCAGUCAUCACUCGAAGAAUUGAAAUUCAAAUAGAUCAAUACACGAUUACUUUGCUGCCGGGCCACAUCUGGGAGACACGGGUAGAUAACAUUAAAACAAAUCUCCCAAUGACCGUGGAUGAAGGACUGGUGCAAGUCUAUCAGAGUGGUGUUAAUAUUGUUGUAGAAACAGACUUUGGAUUGAAACUGACAUAUGAUACGGUCUCCAUGGCCACCAUUGAAAUCCCAUCCACUUUUAAAAGUGCAGUCACAGGUCUCUGUGGUAACUACAAUGGAAACAAUGCAGAUGAUUUUCUUCUGCCAGAUGGUAUUCAGACAUCCUCUGUGGAAGACUUUGCUGAGGUCUGGGUUUCACCAUCAGACAGAAUGAUGUGCCAAAGAGGUUGUGGCUCCAAGUGUUCAAAUCCUGACAAAGACAGACAGACAAAGGCAGAGACUGAUUGCAGUAUUUUAACCUCAGAGAAAGGGCUAUUUUCUAAUUGUUACAAUAAAGUCCCACCCCUGAAAUUCUUUGAUGAAUGUGUCAAAGAUGUGGCAGCACAGCCAAAAGACAUGACGGUUCUCUGUCGUCACAUACAAAGGUAUGUGGCCAGCUGUCAGGAGACUGGGACGUCAAUCAAAAGUUGGAGGAAUAACACCUUCUGUUCACUCAUGUGUUUUAAGAACAGUCACUAUGAGCUCUGUGCUGACACCUGUUCAUCCACCUGUGCCAGCCUGACACAGUCACAGAGAUGCCCACCGUGUCAUGAAGGAUGUCAGUGCGAUGAUGGCUUUCUGUUUGAUGGAGGUGAAUGUAAGACUCUGGAAGACUGUGGUUGUCAUGUAGAUGGACGGUAUUACAAGUCUGGUGAGACAGUGGUUCGGGGAAAGUGUAAAGAGAAAUGCCUCUGCAAAGCAGGAAAAUUCUCCUGUGAAGCCAUGCAAUGUGAUUCAAAUCAGUUCUGUGGCAGAAAGAAUGGCAACACUGGGUGCUACAACAAAGCAACAGAGUGUCCAGCCAACAGUCAUUAUGAGCCCUGCGGGGCAGCCUGUGCUGCAUCUUGUGCCGAUCGGAAUUCCCAAAAUAAGUGCACACUACCAUGUGUGGAGGGCUGCCAGUGCAAUGCAGGUUAUGUCCGGAGUGGAGACGAAUGCAUUUCUGUGCAAAAGUGUGGCUGCACUUACAAAGGCCAGUAUUAUCCAGCUGAAACAACAUUUUGGAAUGACAAAAAAUGCACAGAGAAAUGUUUGUGCAACCCUCAAACUGGGAAAGUUGAAUGCACACUAACAAAAUGUCAGAAGUCCCAAGUGUGUGACACACGGAAUGGAGUAAGAGAUUGUUAUCCACUGUCCUAUAGUACCUGUCAGGGUGCAGGGGAUCCACACUAUCGUACAUUUGAUGGUAAAACAUUUGACUUCCAAGGCACCUGCACUUAUUAUUUGUCCAAACUACUCAAUAUAUCUGACCCAUCACUGGUACCCUUUGAGGUAUUUGUCAAGAAUGAGAAUAGAGGAAGGAACAUGGCAGUUGCUUACACCAAAACAGUAUCAAUAACAGUCUAUGGAUACACAGUUGUCUUAAGUAAGGACAGCCCAGGCAAAGUGAAGGUCAACAAUCUAUAUGUAAAUUUGCCAUUUGAACAAGAGGAUGGUCGGCUCUCCAUAUUCCGCAGUGGAUAUUUUGGAGUGAUAAAAACCGACUUUGGUCUGACAUUGAAAUUCAACUGGCAAAGCCAUGUAACACUGACUCUACCCAGCACUUACUACAAUGAAGUAGGAGGGCUUUGUGGAAACUGGAACAACAACCCUAAUGAUGAUUUGCUCACUCCUGACAAAACACUUGCUGCAAACCCAACAGUUUUUGGAAGCAGUUGGAAAGUCAAGGAUGACCCUGGAUGCUCAGAUGAAUGUCAGGGCAAAAUGUGUCCCAAAUGUGAUGCCAGUGAGAGAAACAGUGUCACAUUUACAAUGCCCUGCAGCAGGAUCACAGACAAAAAGGGCCCAUUUAAAGGCUGCCAUGAGAAAGUGAAUCCCAGUCAGUUUUAUGAGGAUUGUGUGUUCGAUAUGUGUAUGUAUGGUGGCCAUUUAUCAGCCCUCUGCAAUGCUCUCUCUGCCUACACAGCUGCUUGCCAAGAUGCACUUGCUAAUGUGGAAUCCUGGAGAACUGACAGUUUGUGCCCUACAUCUUGCAAGGCAAACAGCCACUAUGAGGUUUGUGCGACAGGAUGUUCCCAGACCUGCAGUGGCCUCACUGAGCCUAAGGGCUGUAAAGGGACCCCCUGUGUUGAAGGCUGUACAUGUGACAAGGGAUUUGUCCUGAGUGAUGGUGAAUGUGUGACUGUGAAGCAGUGUGGAUGUACGUACAGUGGCCAGUACUACCAACUGGGCCAGGAAUUCUUUCCUGAAGGCAUGUGCAAGCAGAGGUGUGUCUGCAAAGAGAACGGAAGAGUUCAGUGUGACGAUGGAUUCAAGUGUGGACCAAAUGAGAAGUGCCAAGUCCAGAAUGGAGUUCAAGGCUGUUUUCCUGAGGGCAAAGCAGUUUGCUCAGUGUCAGGCUAUGGGCUUUAUCAGUCAUUUGAUGGAAAAUCCUUCAGUGUUGUAGGGGACUGUGAGUAUAGAAUGGCAGAGACAGCUCAGAAAAAGGAUAAGGAGAUGACCUCUUUUAGUGUCUUAGUGAAACAGCUGUCAUCUUCUGAAGAGGCAGUCAUCACUCGAAGAAUUGAAAUUCAAAUAGAUCAAUACACGAUUACUUUGCUGCCGGGCAACAUCUGGGAGACACGGGUAGAUAACGUUAAAACCAAUCUCCCAAUGACUGUGGAUGAAGGACUGGUGCAAGUCUAUCAGAGUGGUGUUAAUAUUGUUGUGGAAACAGACUUUGGAUUGAAACUGACAUAUGAUACAGUCUCCAUGGCCACCAUUGAAAUCCCAUCCACUUUUAAAGGUGCAGUCACAGGUCUCUGUGGUAACUACAAUGGAAACAAUGCAGAUGAUUUUCUUCUACCAGAUGGUAUUCAGACAUCCUCCGUGAAAUACUUUGCUGAAGGAUGGAUUUCACCAUCAGACAGAAUGAUGUGCCAAAGAGGUUGUGGCUCCAAGUGUUCAAAUCCUGACAAAGACAGUCAGACAAAGGCAGAGACUGAUUGCAGUAUUUUAACCUCAGAGAAGGGGCCAUUUUCUAAUUGUUACAAUAAAAUCCCACCUCAGACAUUCUUUGAUGAAUGUGUCAAAGAUGUGGCAGCACAGCCAAAAGACAAGAUAGUUAUCUGUCGUCACAUACAAAGGUAUGUGGCCAGCUGUCAGGAGACUGGGACAUCAAUCACCAGCUGGAGAAAUAACACAUUCUGUCCACUCGUAUGUUCUGAGAACAGUCACUAUGAGCUCUGUGCUGACACCUGUUCCUCCACCUGUGCCAGCCUAACACAGUCACAGAGAUGCCCACCGUGUCAUGAAGGAUGUCAAUGUGAUGAUGGCUUUCUCUUUGAUGGAAGUGAAUGUAAGACUCUGGAAGACUGUGGCUGUCAUGUAGAUGGAAGGUAUUACAAGUCUGGUGAGACUGUGGUUAAGGGAGAAUGUAAGGAGAAAUGCAUUUGCAAAGCUGGAGAGUUCUCCUGUGAACCCUUGCAAUGUGAUGUAGAUCAGUAUUGUGGCAAAAAAGAUGGUAUCAUUGGUUGCUACAACAAAGACCUCUGCAGUUACCAUGAGUGCCGUGAGAAAGAGUACUGCAUUGUGAAGAACAAUGAGGCAGUGUGUGUUGCAAAGUCAAAGGCCUCUUGCAUGGCCAUGGGAGAUCCUCAUUACAGAACCUUCGACGGCAACCACUUUUCCUUCCAGGGUACUUGCUCCUAUACUUUAGUUAAAACGUCAGGCAAGGACCCAACACUAACACCUUUCAACAUCGUCAACAAGAAUGAGAUGCUCAAAGACUCCCUUGGUUCUUACAUCAAGUCAGCCAGCAUUAAAGUCAGAGGUCAUGACAUCACUUUCAUCCAAGGCAACCACAAUCGUGUGAUAAUUGAUGGAACAGUUUCAAACCUUCCUGUGAAUCUGAAUUCUGAGGGAAUCAGCAUAACGUUGUCAGGGACUAAUGGGAUCCUACAGACAGACUUUGGCUUGGAGGUCAUGUUUAACUGGGCAGAUAUGCUCAUGGUGAUAUUGUCCAGCAGCUACUAUAAUAACAUAGAGGGAAUGUGUGGGACCUACAGUGAUGACCUGGAGGAUGACUAUGUCACACCUAGUGGUAACAAUAUGUCAGACAUCACAGAAUGGGCAAAGUCUUGGAGCGUGCCUGAGAGCAACAGCAACUGCUGGCACUUUCCUCCUUGCUCAGAAGAGAAGAAGUCACUAUAUCGUGGACAAAGCUACUGUGGCUUGAUAGAGGAUGAAAAGGGCCCUUUUGCCCAGUGCCAUCACAUUAUAUCAAAGCGACGAUUUGCUUCUGAUUGCCUUUUCCAAAUGUGUUUACGUGAUGGAAGCCAAAAGACCUACUGCAAUGCCCUCAGUAAUUACAUGUCAUCCUGUGCGCUGGCAAAGGCUGACGUGUCUACAGGAUGGAAGGAGCUUGCUAACUGCUGAUUUGGAAAAUAAUUUUCACCGAGCUGCUUGGACACCAAAUAGUGAUAAAUAUCAAAAUGACUCAAUAAAUAAACAAUUUCUGUAGUGCAAUUUAGAGUUAAUAUACUGUAUGUUAACAACACAUAACAAUGUCUGUUUUUGUCAUUGCUUUACAAGGAGUGUACCAAUAAUAUCAUUUAAAAAGAAUGUUUAAGUUACGAUUUCUUUUACAAAAUUAAAGUUUCAGCAUACGUAUUCAUGUAACUUAGCAACUUUUACUCUCCACUAAUCAGUCUAUAAUCAAUCUUGGGUUAAAUUGUUCUGUUUUAAAAAUGAUCUACUCUUUUAUGCUUUAAAAUUAAAUUCUUGCAACAUCUCAAAUCAGCUGUCAUUUCCUGUUUGAGUGGCUGUUAUUAAAUGGCAAAAAUGAUCAUUUACAAAAAUAUGGAAAGCAACAGUUAAGAUUUGUUUGAAUAAAGCACCUUUGUAUACAUAUGCCAGCCAUAUGACAGCUUCUAAUACUGAUGUGUCAAUAAUUAGGUAGUAUUUUCCUAUAAUUUAAACAUACAAUAGAUUAUUUAAAUACCAAGUGUUUCACCAUGGAACAUUUCAUGUUUGUGUAUGCAAGCUUAAAGUGAUAGUUCAUCCAAAAAUGUAUUCUGUAUUAACUUACCCUUUUGCUGUACCAAAUCCCUUUGACAUUCUUUCUUCUGUGAAACACGAAGUACAUAAUAAUAUAAUAUUUAUUACUCUGUAAUAUACAUAAAUACUGUAUAUAUACACACACACACACACACACACACUGGCGGCCAAAAGUUUGGAAUAAUGUACAGAUUUUGCUGUUUCGUAAGGAAAUUGGUACUUUAAUUCACCAAAGUGGCAUUCAACUGAUCACAAAGUAUAGUCAGGACAUUACUGAUGUAAAAAACAGCACCAUCACUAUUUGAAAAAAAGUCAUUUUUGAUCAAAUCUAGACAGGCCCCAUUUCCAGCAGCCAUCACUCCAACACCUUAUCCUUGAGUAAUCAUGCUAAAUUGCUAAUUUGGUACUAGAAAAUCACUUGCCAUUAUAUCAAACACAGUUGAAAGCUAUUUGGUUCGUUAAAUGAAGCUUAACAUUGUGUUUGUUUUUGAGUUGUUUGUUUUUGAUAUAUAUUCCAGUAUGUAAAUAUAUAUAUAUAUAUAUAUAUAUAUAUAUAUAUAUAUAUAUUUGCAGCUCCGGAAAA